AGGUGGUAAAGCUGCCUCGGGAUUUGUGGAAAGAUGUAUUAGUUUCAUCGGAGAGAAUGCAUCAGAAUGUGUUCGCACCAAUUCAUUUUUGAACCUUUCAAAGGAAGCAGUCAUCAAAAUUAUUUCUUCAGAUUAUUUGUGCCUUGAAGAAGAAGAUGUUUGGAGAGCUGUCCUCAACUGGGCAAAAUAUCAAGCUGGUGUUACACAACCUACACCUCAUUGGACUGAAGAAGAAAGAGCUCGUGUUUGCCAGUAUUUAUCUUUGGUUAUUAGCCAUGUUCGCCUUUUGCUCAUAGAUAGCCAAGUUUUUGCUGAAGAAGUGGAACCAACUGGUGCAGUGCCUAUGGAACUGAGCUUAGAAAGAUAUCGCCAUGCUGCUUUACCAAGCAAGUAUCCAGAAGCUUCGGAAGAUCAACGUCUAAAACCGAGAAUAUCUCCACACGUAUUUCCUGGCUCUGCUAUACUGGGCCAAGACAAGAGCCAUUUCCAAAGAAUUCUAAAUGCUUGGUACGGUAACAGUAAACAAAACUGGAGGCUCAUUUAUAGAGCUAGCAGCCAUGGUUAUUCUGCAUCUUCCUUUCACAGACAUUGUGACGGAAUAUCUCCUACUUAUGUCAUAGUUCUGGGCACCAGGGGAGAAAUAUGUGGUGGAUUCAGUGAUGCUGCAUGGGGCAGACCUCCAGGAAAAAGUCAUUAUGUGCAUUCUGAAAGAGCUUUUGUUUUUACACUGUAUAAUCAUCAAGAUGUACCUCCCACUCAGUUUCAUUUAGUGAAAAAACCGUUUGCCAUAUGUUAUCAUCCAGAUUCUGGUCCUAUUUUUGGAGCUGGGGCUGAUCUACUUAUUUCAAGUAAUUGCAAUACAAACAUGGAUAGUUAUUCAAACCUUCCACAUACAUACGACGGAGAAGGCGCUUCUCCGUCUGUGUUAAUGGGAGAUUACAAUUUUAUGGUGGCUGACUAUGAAGUCUUUACGCCUAUAAAUUCAUCAUCAAAAAUAAAUAAAAGUGAAAGAUAUCAGUAA